CGGAGGGCAAGAGACAGGACCUGGUGGGAGCGGGGUGCGAUUCCACAGGCUGAGGGGGCCUGGACACCCCGCUGCCGCCGUGGGGAUGUGGCUGGGUGGAAACCUUGCCUGCUGAAGUCUUGGCCAUGACUGGGAUCUGCUUCCUGGAGAGGAGCUGGCUGUCAGCACAGGUGCCACAUCUCUGCAGGAUGUUGGCGGGUGAAUGGGGUGCUGGCCGCACACUGCGCUGGUCUUCUCUACCCUCCUGGAAGCUGUCAUGCCCAGCUGGCUGAGCACAGGGGGACCGUCCCCGAGGCGGAGCGCAGCACAUGCUGGACGUGUGCACCCCGUCCUGUUCAGCUCCCCACGGCCCCUCCUGACGAGUUUUUGAAAAUGGUGGUAAAAAUGUAACAUAAAGCUUACAUCUUAUGAUGGCACCAAGUAUAUUCAUAUUCUUGUGCAAUCAUAUAAUUAAGAAGAAAUGGAGGUUCAGAGAGGUUGAGUGUCCUGCUCAAGAUCACACAGCCACAUCUCAUGGGCACACUUGAGGACUUCUGUCUGAGUGAUGUCGAAGCACAGGACUUGGCCACACAAUUGAGCCAGUGACGACUGAAGCAGCCUCCCAUAGGCACAGGCCAUGAAGAUCACACUAAUGUCACCCAAGGAUGCCGGUUGCAUCCCCGGGCACCAAGAUGAGUUGGACAUGGUGCAUGUUCCCUGGGAAGCCACCAUCUGGAGCUGCCCGUGUGUAUGGUGGGCCAAGAGGGUCGAGCCAUGCAUCCUUGGAAUCAGAGGGACCUUAUUAGGGACAGGGGUAUCCUCUGCUCAUGAACACACAGCAUUUGCUGCCACCAUUGAUAAUCACUCACUGAGAUCCAGACAGUUUUCUGAUCUCCUAGCAAACCUGCAUGACAAUGUGACCAGCUCCACAUCACAGGCAGGGAGAUGAGAACUUGGAGACCACGUGUGUGCAGUUGUGACCAAACUUGAGGCUUCCGAAGGCCCCAGAGUCCCUUAGGGGAGGCUGUGACUGUGCUGCGGGCUCCUGCAGCUCAGCUCACUGGCUGGGUGCCGUUGAUGCGGUCCCUUGUAGGAACCACAUCUGCUUCCACUGUCCCGCUCCUGUGGGCCUGAGGCCAUGCUGAGGGGAACAAUCCCAGGCUGGGCAAGUGGUCCAAGCCACUGGCUCAUUUCUGGGGUCACUCACUCACCUCUUUGAGCCCCCCAGAGCCAGCCUGCAUGCCAGGCUGCUUGGUUACGGGCUCUGUCAAGGCUGCAGGAUGUGGCUCCGAAUAAUUAUAGUUUGCUGUGUCUCUGCUGCCGGCCAGACCCAGAGCAAUGUGAGGUGGCCUCGGGCCGUGUCCCGGCUGGAAGCGUUGAAGAGCACCUUAAACAAGCCUGUCCCCACUCUGUGCUUCCGUUUCUUCAGUUUCCAGGGAUGCAGGCUCAUCUGGCUCUUGGUGGGGAAGAAAAGGAGCCCUGGGCUGAAGCCCUUCCAGCCACCGAGGGCACUGUAUGCCUCUCUUCCUCUCUACAUGCCCCCUUGAACUAUUUUUAUUUAUUAUUUUGCAUACUGGGAAUCACACUCGGAUUCCGAGCUUUAUUGUUUGAGACAGGAUCUCCGUAAGUUGCCCAGGCUAGGCUUGAACUUGUGAUCCUCCUGCUUCAGCCUUCUAGAGUGGGGGGAUUCUAGGCGGGUAGCACCUCACUGGACUCUCCUUGGGCUCUUUUUACAUUCUGUUCUUUUCCAUUUUGAGCCCCUAGCAGCCCCCUGAGCUGGUGCAGAGGGUGGACCUGGGCCCUCUGAGGCCUCUUGUUCUCCCCAGGGAGGAGAGGCUGUUGUAGCAGCAGCAGGAUGAAGUGGCCUUGGCUUUCCUGCUGCGUGGGCCUGGGCCUCCGAGCCCUGUUUCUAUAGCCAGCAGACAGCUGUAGGGAGGGGGCUGGAGGAGGCGGAAGGGGCCGCCAUGCCCCAACUGCUCAGGAGUCAGAAGAGCCGAUGGGCUCUCGGCCUGGCUCAUCUUCUCUGCUAAGAAUCUUCUCCAAACUCAGGCCCUCCUGGCGUAGACAGUCACCCGACUGCAGUGUCCCACUGUGGAGGAACUUUCUGCCUCCCUGGGCUCAAAUCCUUGGCUGUGGGACAGAGUUACUUGGGCCUGAAUCUGAAUUCCAGCUGCUCUCUGCCAGCUCGGUGACCAAAGGCUGCUUUCUGAGACUCCCUGGGCCUGGGCUGGGUGGGAGUGUUGGCUGCAAGCAUAUCUCCAGGCAGGUCGGGCGUAAUCCCAGCACUCUGGGAAGCCGAGGCAGGAGGAUUGCAGGCUCAAGCCAGCCUGGGCAAUUUAGCAACUUAGCAAGACCCUAUCUCAAACUUUGUCUUUCUUUCUCUCUUCUUCUUUGUUUUUUUAGCAUGUAAGUCAGUGUGAAAAACAAAAAUAUGUAAAUCUGGCACAAAAACAAAAAUCUGCAAAUUCCUAGGCGUUCCUCCCUCGAGAGGCAGGGCCCAUGUCUUCCUUCUGUGCCACCAAGCAGGGUGUUUGCUCUGACCAAGAGAGGAAGGCAGAAGUGUCACUAUGUGACUUCUGAGACCUGGUCACAAAAAGCCAUGGAGAGCCCACUUUGCUUUUUGGACAUUUGUGUGGCAACCCUGAGCCACCAUAUGGCAUGUCUGACUUUCCUGAAGCCACCAUGUUGACCGUCCACCUCUAGAUAGCUUUGGCACAGGUCAUUUUCCCUGUGGGAGUCCCAGACUUCCUGACAGCCACCCUCACACAGCCGUGAUGGGCCUCUGGCCCAUGGAAUAUACCACUAGGUACUUCAGAGUGAUUCUUUUUUUAUGUCUUGAGACAGGGUCUUGCUAUGUAGUUUAGGCUAGUCUCGAACCCACUAUGUAGCUCAGGCUGGCUUUAUAGUUGGGGUGAUCUUCCUGCCUCAGCCUCUCGAUAUUGGGAUUACAGGGACGCACCACCAUACCUCGCUAGGCUGAUUCUUUGUAGGACAAUCUUUACCAAAGCAGUCACUGUGAGGGGCCAACAAUAAAGCUACCAUUCUCUCCCUAGGGCCCUGGGACCCUGGGAAGAUGGAGCAUGUGUUUGGAUAGGUGCGGUUCACAUUCUGUUGGCCAUCCUUCUCUGUGACAUCAUUUCCUUUCCCCAAGGUCUCGUUUCUCUACCUGGGACAGAGACUGGGUGGUUUUACCUUGUAAGUUGCUUGGGAGAUUCCCAGUGUCGUGCCUGGACAUGGUGCUGCUUACUCCGGCUCUGAACCCUGUCUGGUCAUUGGCAGGAAACGUGACUGCCUGUGGCCAGAUGGAUGAGCUGAGAGACGUAUCUCUCGGCUCCCAGAAUGCAUUGCUGGCACAGUGACCCUAGGCCCUUGGGAAGAGCCGGGAAGAUACAUGUCCUGCCCCAUUUGGUCUGUCUGGGCAGCCGAGCUCCUUGCCGUUUCCCAAAUGUCACCACACUGAAUGACAGUUCCCUGCGGUCCAGGGGCACGCAGCUGGCUGGGUCCACGGGAAACACCCAAAGCCACAAGUCACCAUUGCCAAACCCUUGCCAUCAUCUCCAGUUGGCCUUUGGUCACAUACACAGAAAGAGGCUCCAGAAUGGGGAUAGGGACAGCCCCAUGGUCCCCACACCCAGAAGAAUGGCGGGGCUCCUGAGACGCUGGAGCUGCCCAGGGGGCCGAGGCUGAUUCUGGCCAGAGCAGCUAAUAAUCCAGCCAGAACACAGAUAUGGGACUGCUUGGCCUUCUCCUCCCUCCAGCCCCGAAGGAAGUUGCCUCUUAUAUCCCCAACUUGCUAAUUACUGAUGGAAUGACUGAGAUUUUGAGGAUAAUUAGGGGUGGCCUGUUUUUCCCCCUGUUGUCCCCUCGUUUCCAGUCCCUGCCCCUGUCUGGAGCCUUCCUCUAAUUUGGAGCCACUUAGAAAAGACAAGGAAACCUUUAAAACCAAGAAGAAUGUCUCCCCAAAUGCCUCUUGUCGGGUUUUACAGCUGUGGUCCAGAAGAUUGAGAACCCAUCACACCGCAGAAACACGAAAAAGGCAUCCUGUUCAAAGGGCCUGUGGCCACAGCACCCUGCUGUAAAAAUAGCUGUGGGUUUGAUGGCUAGGAGGGAACAGGACCUAAUCCCUCCAAGUGACCCAAAAUCAAGUACAGACAGACUAUGCGCCUAGUCACUCGCGCUGCGUGACUUCACACCUGUUGGGAUUGGUGGACUCUCUGUGGCCACUCCUACAGCUGCUCGAUCUACUCUCCAGAACAGGGACAUGUGUUCAUCUAGGCCAGUCAGUUGGAGGCUGGCCCACAGUGUUCCCCCUCAAAGGCAGCGGCAGUCUCUCUCUGAGUCCCUUCACGGCCAUCUCCAGUGCCCCACACUUAGUGAGAGCUCCGUAAACAGUUAAGGGAUGGACAAACCCAGUGGGUGCUAUUUGCCUAGGUUACUGAAAUGUCCCAAGCCCAGGGUUCAUGCCGCAUAGAUUCUUCAGAAGCCAUGCCGUUCAGAGCCACUGGUGCGGGGCCACAGAAGUCGGUAAAAGAGCGUUUGUCCAUCCAAGUUGAUGGGCUCUUUCUUGUAAACCCUGUUGUGAUUCCUACCUGUCCCACUGUCACUCUCCAUGGCACUGGACCUUGCUGGCCAGGCUCAGGCUCUCUGUUUGCUCAGCACUGUCCUGGGCUUUCUGGAGCCACCCCGAGGUCCCGGCUGUGAUCCCCAGAGGAAAGAGCUUAGGUCUGGCACGCAGAGGGCCUGGGGAAGCAGGAAGCCAGAGGCCACUGGGAUCAGGAGUUAAAGCCAGAGCCAGGAGGCCCACGUCCAGGCUUCGGGACUAGAUAAGAAAGACUCCAGCCCUCUCCUGGCCUCAGUGUCCUCCUGUCCCCCUGCACAGGUCCAGAAAGGGAUAGGAACCUGCCGUGGUCACACAGCCCAUCUCCUGCAGGAGGCCAAGGCUGGCUGGGUCUGGAAUCAAAGGUUCCUGAUCCCAGAGCCAGCUACAUUUUCACUUCUGCUGCUUGAUCACCCAUAGAGUAUGUGGUUGGUCCCCCUGGGGAGAUACCAGGAGAGGAAUGGGUCAAGAUGCACUCUUCUAGAGCCUAGAUCACUUUAUUCCAGUGCUCAGUGAGGCCAGAGGGGCUGGGCAGGGACAUCUACAGUCAGAUGUCUGGGAGAGAUGUCAGCAGAACCUUCUGGAAGCUUCUAGAAAUUUCCUAAUGGAGCUAUUAAAGAGAACACCUCUCAUCCUGGUAUUGACUCUUACCAGCCUUGAGGGAAUGAGCUAAUCCCUGUGUGCUCCAGUUUCCCCACCUGGAAAAUGAAGUAAAGGCUGACUGGGAGGAGACGUAUUUUAGAACACAGACUGGACCUUUUUCAACUCAUGUCCAAUGGCCUCUCCCCAAGGGAGGGGAUCAGCCGUACUGGGGCCUGAGGCCACCUCCGGGGACAGUUAAGCUCUCCAGCUCCCAGGGACCUGUGGCUCACAGCCUGAGCCCAGCCCUGCCGGCCCUGGCAGCUGACCAGAUGUGCUGUUCCCACGCAGCAACCAACAUGACCAGAUGGAUGGGGGUGGCCUUGGAGGCCACAGUGGAGCCCCCAGGGCUUCCUUGGACCUGGAGGAGCUUGCGAGGGUCAGGUGGGGGCUCUGCCUGGCACAUGUGGGAGAGACAUCUUGGCUGGAGCCCCAACCAGGGUGGGCUUGCAGGGAGGGGGCUGGGCAGAAUGAGGCCAAAUUUUCAAUUUUCUCUCACUUUUCUUGUUUCUUUACUCUCUCAACACCUGGAGCAUUUUUGAGCCCUGAAUGGUUCCCUGGGGAGGAGUGGACAACAGGGACCCUGCCGACCACAGGGUCCUGAUGGCCUCCUGAGCCAUGGGUUCUGCAGCCAAGAAGUAAACUAGCAGUGGAUAGGAAGUGCUAGGAAAAAUGAUUGCACCUGCACUGAACAGGAGCAGCUUUUCCUCGUCAUCCUCUGCACAGCAGCCCAGCAGCUGUUCCAUGGUAUCAGGCGCCCCGGAGAGCCCGGAAGAGAGUGGAAGGUGGUGCCAGCUCCAACGUCUUCUCCAUGUUCGAUCAGUCACAGAUCCAAGAGUUUAAGGAGGCCUUCACCAUUAUGGACCAGAACCGGGACGGCUUCAUAGACAAGGAGGACCUGAGAGACACCUUCGCUGCACUGGGCCGAAUCAACGUCAAGAACGAGGAGCUGGAGGCCAUGGUGAAGGAGGCUCCCGGGCCCAUCAACUUCACCGUCUUCCUGACCAUGUUUGGGGAGAAGCUCAAGGGCACCGACCCGGAGGAGACCAUUCUCCAUGCCUUCAAGGUGUUUGACACUGAAGGGAAAGGGUUCGUCAAGGCUGACUUCAUCAAGGAGAAGCUCAUGACCCAGGCAGACCGGUUCAGCGAGGAGGAGGUCAAACAGAUGUUUGCAGCGUUCCCACCAGACAUGUGCGGCAACCUGGAUUACAGGAACCUGUGCUACGUCAUCACGCACGGGGAAGAGAAAGACUAGGAGACAGGGGUCUGCCCUGUGUUCGGAGUCAGCAGGGCUCCUGCAGCCCCAGGGCACCAGGGAGGCUCCCCCUGCCCCACAGUUUGGGGUGAAGCAAGAAUAAAUCAUGCCAAGGUCUGAGCGUG